UUGGACUUUUUGACAUUCGACGCUCCGGUAUUCGUCGAACUAUGCAUUCAGCUGGAGGUCUCCAGGUCACGACUACACGUACGAUGCGACUUCUAGUAUUCUCAUAACCGGACCUUGACCGAACUAGAAGCGAGCAGGACGACACGGCUGUCCGGAGCCAUGUCCGCAACAGACAAUGUCGAAACCAAUGAAGAUGCCACCUUAGCACAACUUCGCAAUGCAGAAACAGAAUUGGACGUGUUGAAAUUGGCUGGGGACAUAGACGAGGUCUUGCUGGAUGCCAGUCUAGACGAGUAUCAACAAUACCUUGAUCAGCUCGACGCUGCGCACAGCCAUCUGGACACCCUCCUAGCAGACACCGCUGCAACUCUCGAAGAACUGUCCGAAAUCUCGGCCUCCUUCAAAGCCAUUGACCUCCAAACGAGGGCGUUCCAGAAACAAUCCGCCAACAUCCUCGAGGACCAGCGCAAGAAUGACACCAUUGCCAACGAUAUCGCCGACAACCUGCGCUAUUAUGAGCCAUUGGAAAGAAUCACUAGGCGCCUUAACGCGCCGGGGGCGGGUGCCUUUGUCAGGAGCACGGAUUUCUCGGACAUGUUGAUCACGCUGGAUGAGUGUAUCGACUACAUGCAGACGCACACCGACCAGAAAGAGGCUGAAACAUACCGGUCGCGCUACAGACUCCUGCUCACCAGAGCAUUGACGCUGGUGCGCAACACCUUCAUGGGCGGAGUCAAGGAGACGACGACGGAGGUUGCAGGCAGGAUUGCAGCCAAGCAGCUCAAUGACACCACCAUGUCUGCGCUUCUGUACGCAAAGUUCCGUGUGGGCGCAGCCGAAAUGAAGGAGUUGGGUCUCGAGAUCCAUAAACGAGCGAAUCCUCCUGCUGACGCUGAACCGGGCGCGGAAGGCGAAUAUCAGAGUUUGAUGAACGAAUUGCACUCCAGCUUUGCAGCGUGUCGAGCCAGGCUGAUUUUGCCUAUCGUUCAAAAGCGGUUGGCUGAGAUUGCACAGACUCCGAGCUCGAAAGACCUCGUUCAGUUCGCACGAUCCAGCAUCAGCUAUGUUCGGGGCGUGUGUUUGGAUGAAUUUGAGCUAUGGGCAGAAUGGUUUCAUGGCUAUCGUGGUCUCUACGACUUCCUCGAGUCCAUCUGUGAGCCCCUGUACGAUCACCUCCGACCACGAAUCCUCCGUGAGAACAAGCUGUCGAAGCUAUGCUCGCUCGUCACGCUCUUGCAGACUAGAUAUCUGCAUGAUGAGGAUGAAGACGGGCCUGCGGACCUGAAUCAGCUCGAUUUCUCCGCUUUAAUCCAGCCAGCCCUCGAAGAUGCGCAGACACGACUCGUGUUCCGGGCACAAGCAAUCCUACGGGAUGAUAUUGAACUAUUCAGGCCGAAACCUGAAGACCUCGACUAUCCCAGACUGACGUCUCAACCUCCAACAGCUAGCACACCAUUGUCAGGGCGCAGAAAAGCGAACCGCGAACCACUUACACCACUCCUAAAGUCCCCAGAGAUUGUGGACGAGGAUUCUGGCGAGGAGGGUUCGUUUUCCUGGACACUGGCAUCUCGUCGUAUCGAGCUGCAGAACUGCUAUCCGACCCUUUCUAAGGCUAUUCGUCUCCUCCACCGGAUCUAUAGGCUCGUCAACUCCUCGGUGUUCGACGAUCUGGCCCAUCAAAUCGUCCAUAUGACCACAGUAUCCUUGCACAAUGCAUCCAACCAGAUCUCGUCCAAAUCAUCCCCGGCGGAUGGCCAGCUAUUCCUCCUCCGACACCUGCUCCUACUCAAGUCGCAGAUUGUGGCUUUUGACAUCGAAUACGUGACGCCCGACGUGUCGUUCGACUUCUCAGGCGUAGCCAGUACAUUCUACGAAUUGCGCGAGCGUGGCGGCCUGUUCAACCCCAGAAGCUGGAUGAAGCUUUUCAGCAGCGGCGGUCUUCUCCCACGGGUUGUCGAGAAUAUGCUGGACGCCAAAGUCGAACUUGAUGGACGAUUGAGGACGGUCAUCAACGACUUUACCGCAGGCUUUGCCAGUCAGAUGACCAAGGACCUGCCCAAAGAUGUGGAGAAAGCGAGCGUCAAAAAUAAUACGCUCGAGAACGGCGUGUCAGCUACACGCAAGAAGGUGGAGGCCGAGAUCCCGAUCCUCCGCGCAAAGCUCGAACAGUAUUUGGAUGACCAGCGAACUCGCGAGACGCUGGUUGCUGCAGUUGAAGAUCAGGUCAUCCAGAUAUAUGAAACGUUCUUUGACGGGUAUGUAACUCGACUAGGUAGUAACGGUAAGAUGAACGGCGCGAGUCCGAUCUCAAGGAAAGGCAAAGGUCCAGAGAAUGCGGUUUGGGACAUCGACACAUUUGCCGAGUGGGCGGAGUCGCUGUUCAACGUCGCGCUGCCGAAUGUGGAGGAUGAUGCGACGAGUAAUCCUGGUUCACGAAGUCUAUCGAGAAGUGGAAGUCCAUAGCCCUUG